CAGCAGCAGUGAAUGCUACUCUCGCUCUGCUACUCACUCCUGGCGCCGGUGACCUCUCUGCCACUCCACCGGACGGCGACGGCGAGGCGGGUGAGCUCUCUCGCCGCCUCCGGCUCUCCUGCCACCGGGCCUCCACAUUCGGCGUCGCACUCCUUCGUCUUCGCGUGAUCCGCCUGGCAGAUCGGGAUCGACUAAGCAUUGGCCUUUGCAAGUUUUGAAGUGCAUUUCACCGUUGCUUUUGUCUUGAGCAAGAGUUUAUAGAGCCAUACAGCUCCGACAAAAGGAUUCACCUAUUCCAGAAUGUCUGCUUUGCUCCGUGAAACUUCGUGUGGAUCAUUGCUGCAAAAACUGCAGUCGGUAUGGGAUGAAGUUGGUGAAAGCGAGGAGGACCGCGACAAGGUUCUAUUUCAGCUGGACCAGGAGUGUUUGGAUGUCUACAAGCGGAAAGUUGAUCAGGCAACCAAAUCAAGGGAUCUUCUUCUCCAGGCACUGGAUUACUCAAAGACAGAGCUUGCUAGGCUUGCUUCUGCCCUUGGUGAAAAAUCCAUAGAUAUAAGUCCUGAGAAAACAGCACGGACUAUCAAGGAACAACUAACUGCUAUAGCUCCAACACUUGAACAAUUGGGCAAGAAGAAAAAGGAGAGAAUAAAGGAAUUAGCUAAUAUACAGUCAAGAAUUGAGCAAAUACGUGGUGAGAUUGCUGGUACUCUGGAGAUGGGACAGCAAGUGGCACUACCACAGAUUAAUGAGGAUGAUUUGACAGUUCGGAAGCUUCGAGAGUUCCAGUUACAGCUUCAAGAGCUUGAGAAAGAGAAGAGUCGUAGGCUGGAAAAGGUUCUUGAGCAUGUUGGUAUGGUACAUGAUCUAUGCAAUGUGCUUGGGAUGGAUUUUUUUAGAACAAUAACUCAAGUCCAUAGCAGUCUAGAUGACUCUAUUGGUAACGAACACAAGAACAUAAGCAAUGAAACCCUGUCAAAACUUGAUAGGACCAUUGGUACUCUUAAUGAGGACAAAAGGUUGAGACUUGAGAAGCUUCAAGAGCUUGCCACUCAACUCUAUGAUCUAUGGGAUCUUAUGGACACCCCGGUGGAAGAAAGGAGCUUGUUUGAUCAUGUUUCGUGCAAUAGAACAGCAACUGUUGAGGAGGUCAUGGUUCCUGGUGCACUUGCUGUUGAUGUGAUUGAUCAAGCACAGACUGAGGUUGAAAGGUUGGAUCAGCUAAAAUACAGCAAGAUGAAAGAAAUAGCUUUUAAGAAGCAAGCCAUACUGGAAGAUAUUUAUGCUAGCACUCAUGUUGUAUUAGACACAGCAGUUGCCCAUGAGAAAAUACAGGCACUGAUUGAGUCAGGGAACAUGGAACCUUCAGAACUGAUUGCUGACAUGGAUAGUCAGAUACUGAAAGCAAAGGAGGAAGCUCUGAGCAGAAAAGAAAUAUUAGAUAAAGUUGAGAGAUGGAUAUCCUCAUGCGAGGAGGAAAGCUGGCUUGAAGACUAUAGCAGAGAUGACAACAGGUAUAACUCAGGCCGAGGUGCUCACCUGAAUCUCAAACGUGCAGAAAAGGCCCGUAUUCUAGUCAGCAAGAUUCCAGCCCUUGUUGAAACUCUGGUGGCUAAGACGAGAGCUUGGGAAGAAAAUCACGGGCUGCCAUUUAUGUAUGACGGUGUUUCUCUGCUAGCAAUGCUGGAUGAGUAUGUCAUUCUUAGGCAAGAGAGGGAAGAAGAGAAGAAAAGAAUGCGGGAACAAAAACGCCAGACGGAACAGCUACUAAACAUCGACCGUGAGGGGCCAUUCGGAACACGGGUCAAUCCCUACAGAGUGACCAGUGCAAAGAAGGUGGCUGGCACAAAGCCAAACGGUGGCGCAUCAAACGGGACACCGAGUAGAAGGCUAUCAACCGGCAAUCAGCUGAACGAGAGCAAGAGUACUGGCCGGUCUGCUGGUAAGGAUGACAAGAAAGGCGCGUCGAAGAACACGGCAACUUCACUGAACGAAGCAGCUCCUGCAGACAAGGAAGCUGCAGACUCAUCCACCGAAAACUUCGACGCUGAUCCGGUUCCUGGCUCGACAUGAUCUCGAUGUGGUACAGAUGAAUGGUGAUUUCUGUCUUUUUUGACACCCUUUAUUGUGUUCGUUGUAGUAUCUUGUUGUUAGGUUUUAGACCUGUCGUUUCUUUCUGUUGACUGGUGGUUAGUGCCUGAGUGGUGUUCAAACAUAUGGGCGGUUUAUAUUAGCUGUUUAGCUCUAAUCUUGCCGUCAGAAGUAAAAUUAGCCUCUCGUAAGUUUUAUUGGUUUUACAA